GAACAUAAUUCGUAUGUUACCCUCGCCACUAACGAUGAAUAUGCCGUUGGAGCCUUGGUUUUGGGUCAUUCACUGAGACAAACUGGAACCAACAAGAAAAUGACGAUUAUGAUUACAGAAGGCGUUUCUGCCAAUUUCAGGGACGUUUUGCAAAGUGUAUAUGAUAACAUAGUUAUCGUGAAACCCCUUCGAAAUUAUAACGAACAUAAUUUAGGCCUUAUUGGACGUCCCAAUUUGGGCAUAACAUACACAAAGCUUUAUUGCUGGAAGUUGAUUCAAUUCUCGAAGUGCGUUUUUCUAGAUGCUGACACAGUUGUUCUGCAAAACAUUGACGAACUUUUUGAGCGCGAGGAGCUGAGCGCCGCCCCCGACGUCAGCUGGCCAGACUUGUUUAACUCGGGAGUCUUCGUCUUUCGUCCCAGCCUUAAAACAUUCUCAGAGUUAUCUCAUCUGACCAAGACUAGCGGUAGUUUUGAUGGAGGUGAUCAGGGUCUUCUUAACGAAUACUUCAGCGGUUGGAGUACAGAGUCUUUGAAUAAGCAUCUGCCCUUUGCCUACAAUUGCUCGUGUUGGGUCACACCGAAUGAUCGUCUCGUCUUCUACACACGUGCACCGGCCUGGAAGAAGUUCGGGAAUCAGGUGAAGGUUGCCCACUUUACUGGUCUCCAAAAACCCUGGAAGUACGGUUUGAGUGCUAACGAUACAGCAAUUUGUCAUGCCAUAGAGCGACUCAAGAACUCCAACACCAACUUUACCGACGCAGAACAAAUCAGUGUCUUGGCCCUGUGGUGGGCUAUAUUUUUCAAGAAAGUUAAGCAGCAUCUUAGUUAUGGAAUGUUUCUAUCAACAACCUUCGAACCGGUUCCCCUCUCGCUACCAAAGCCAAUGGACCGUUAUGCGUCCUGUAACCAGGACCAAAACGAGUUUUAUUUGGAGAACGAACAAUAUCACCCUGAGUUUCAUGACACCUCAUUUGACCAUUUACACAGCGGACAGAGAGUUGACGAGGCCAAACGAUUUGAAAAGUACUACGUUUACGAGCAACCUCUGGACCCGGUAGAAUUUCAGUGCCGGAAGUACUGUGAGGCCAAAAUGGAGCAUGGUCGUCAUGACGUAAGCUACCACCAACAACCAACUUGUCGUGAGGAGCGCCAAAAUCAGCUACUGCACCCUGAGCACUAUCACUCCCGAUCUGUUCAUCAAGAGUACCAUCAAGAACAUUAUGAUCGGACGCAUCAGGAGGGCCUCUUGCUUCAGAGACAACAGCAUCAGCAGAAUGAAAAGUGUCAUCAUGACAAAGAUUGCCAGCAUCAACAACAUUGGUGUGAUCAAACGCACCAUAGGUUGAUGUCUUCGCCAGCACCAUCUGAACAAGACCGUGUUGAAACUCAGCAAAAUGCCACGCCUUCUCAUUCACUCCCUUCACUCCAAACGCAGUCAUUGCCAGAACAACAGGAAGUAAGGAAUGACAAGGAUCCACUCUUCUUUGCACCUCAUCCGAUGUGUUGUGAGUGUCUGAAAGAGCUGCAAUGGAGCAGGCAAUUUGUGGAUCCUUUCCAUCGGAGGCUUAUCACACCGAUUUCAUCUCUCUCAGUGGUCGCUCGCGUGAGACGUCGCUCAACGCCUCUCCUGCCUCUUGGACUCCAAGUGAUCAGGAAUUCACAGAAGCCGGUGCUCCCGGUUGCUGCCAUUGAUGAGCCUGCAAAAAUGAAUGGACAUCCGUCUCGUAAAAAGGAAAAAGCGAGUUGCCUGCAUCAAAUCCAAAAGGGGAAUUUCAGUAAAAAAAAGCGCUGGAGGAAGUCUAGUGAACGUGGUAAAUUACUUGACGCAGCCAAAAAGCAAAUACAAUUAAAGGAAAAUACAAAUGUAUUGACAAGCGCGGCUUCUUUAAUAUCCACAUCGGAGAAGAGCCGAAUGGAACCACAGGGGGAGAACACAACGACACUUUCAACAGCACUAGAUACGAUGUCAACCCUAACAGCACAGAAGAGGGAUGUUGGAAAACAUUCAAUGUCUUCGGCGUCAGUACCCUACUUGACGGUUGCACAGGACACAAGCAGUGCAUUACUAACAUCAGCAGCUACAUCAGAUGUGAAACGAAUGCAGUCAAAAGAAGACAAUAGGACCUCACUGACAUCGAUGUCAGCGCCAAUUACUGCGGACGUAAUAAAUAAAUCUAUAGGUCUUAAAGCGGAUACGAUUGAUGCAACGGAUCCUGGAGAGUCUGUUUCGGGUGAUCUCUAUUCGUGGCAGGGCGGGCUUUCACAAGGGUCGCGGUACUUUUGCAAUCGACACCGGCCGCAUGCCCCGCCGCCGGAUUGGCGAAUGUUCGCGUGGGAGCGCGGCGACAUCGACUAUACGGGCAGUGAUAGGUUCUCCAACAUCCUCGCCCGCAUACGCACCACUAUUCAACAGUCGGAGGAGGAAGCGAUGCCCAUUGGUGUCUGGCUGUAG